AUGGUUUUAUACACUUCCCCAUUUCCCAACGGCUUUCUAUCAGCGCUGCAUUCUUUCUCCUGGGGCUUAAUCUUCCCAUGCUAUUGGCUCGGAGACCGGCUCGUGGCCUCGUUUGUGCCUACUACGUACGAGAAGCGCCAAAGGGCAGAUGACCCAUGUUACUUCCACGCUCUCUGUAUCUUCAUCACCACUCCCAUCUACCUAGCACUGCUCGUGAUCUCCCUUCCAUUUGCCAUAAUUGGUUUCCUGCUAUGGUCCCCCCUCCAGUCUGCCCGACGACCAUAUGUUUAUUCCAGGCUACAGGACAAAGGCCAAAUCAAUGGGAGCACGUUGCUCACCGAGUGGAAAGCCGCCAGCAACGGGAAAAGCUUUUGCUUUGGCAGCGCCAAUGUUUGCCUCCUCCCGGACUCCUUGGCGAGAUUCAACAAUGUGUUCAAUACGCAAACACGAGCUAAGGAAGUUGGGCGAAGGAUCCGGAAUGGGGCAAGCAGGCCUCAGAUCAAGAUCUACAUCGAUUCCCCCACCAACACGUCCAUCAGUGCAGCCAGCUUCAGCAGCCUGGUCUCCCCUCAAAGUGGUGAUAGCAAUAACCGAGCCGUCAGUGCAGGCAUCAAAAGAACAACAUCCAUGGAGUACAAAGGGGAUAACUCGGGUUCAAACAACAGUGAAGAGAGCAAAGAUGCCAAAGUUGGAGGGGAAACCAAUGAGGGAGAAGAUGGGAACACGUGCAUUGUGCGGAUAGGUGGAGAGGAUAACGGCCACAUUUCAGACCCAGAAGCUGAUGGCACAGGGGGGCAGAUGAACAGCAGGGGGCCAGCAGACCGCUCACCAGAAUCUGAAGCAGAGAGCCUAAAAGGACAGACCCCAAAUCAUAAGCAGAAAGAAGGGGAUUCUGGGAGUCUGGAUAGCUACACUGCCUCGCGAGAGUCCCUAGUAAAGGCACGGGCUGGAGAUGGCACGGUAGACCAAAGCACCGUCAACAGCAAGCUCCUUUACAAGGCCUCGCUCAUGAAGAAGACUUCCGUGCGAAAGAAGAAGAACACAGACGAGGCCUUUGACCAUGAGAUCUCCGCUUUCUUCCCUGCCAACUUGGACUUCCUGUGCUUGCAGGAAGUGUUUGACAAAAGGGCAGCGGAGAAGUUGAAAGAACAGCUCCACCAUUAUUUUGAAUAUGUUCUCUAUGAUGUUGGGGUCUACAGUUGCCACGGCUGCUGUACCUUUAAGUUUGUGAACAGUGGCCUGCUUUUUGCCAGUCGCUAUCCAGUCAUGGAUGCUGCCUAUCACUGUUAUCCCAACGGAAAAGGAACAGACUCCUUGGCUUCAAAGGGGGCCCUGUUUCUCAAGGUGCAAGUGGGAAGUACACCUCAGGACCAAAGAAUUGUGGGAUAUAUUUCCUGCACUCACUUGCAAGCUCUGGCAGGAGACACUACUGUUCGGUGUGAACAACUGGAUCUGCUUCAGGAUUGGCUGUCUGAUUUCAGAAAAUCUACCUCCUCCUCCAGUACAGCCAAUCCAGAGGAGCUGGUGGCAUUUGAUGUACUCUGCGGGGAUCUGAACUUCGACAAUUGCUCAUCAGAUGACAAGCUGGAGCAGCAGCACUCCUUGUUUACACGCUACAAGGACCCAUGCCGCCUUGGUCCUGGGGAGGACAAAUCAUGGGCCAUUGGAACCUUGUUAGAUCCAGAAGGACUGUAUGAUGAAGAAGUCUGCACCCCAGAUAACCUACAGAAGACAGUGGAAAGUGAAGACGGGCGGAAAAGGUACCUCGUCUUUCCCACCAGCAAGACCCACGGCUCGAGUCAGAAGGGGAGGAAAGCAGCGCUGAAAGGCAACGGCAGGCGGAUUGACUAUAUGCUUUACACAGAAGAAGGACUGUACCUGGAGUGGAAAGUGGAAGUGGAAGAGUUCAGCUUUAUUACCCAGUUAGCAGGCCUGACAGAUCACCUGCCCGUCGCCAUGCGCCUGAUGGUCUCCACAGGAGAGGAGGAUCCUUAA